UCAGUCGGAAGUGAAACAGUGUAACGACAACAAAAAUCUUCGCAGUCUUAGUCCGCGCGAGUCCGUGAAGCAGAAAUGUCCGUUACAACUGAUUUAUAAGUGUGACAGCCUAAAGAAGAUACCAGAGAAAUAUUAAAAAUAUCCCAGUUAUUCGAGAUCAGCGAGGAAAUAUAGAUUUGUCAUUAAUCCACCCUUAAAAGUGUCAAAUCACUAAAUAAAUAUCCGAAACAAAUAUAUGUAUUUCGGGGCUUUCACAGCCUAGAGACUUAAGAGGUAGGUGGGUUAACUCAAGAGCCGUGGCAAACGAGGUAAGGAGAUUUGGCAGCAUCGUCGAAGGUGGAAGAAGCGGUGGCGUGACGGGUUUAGAAGAGAAAAGAAGAGAAGGUCGCAGUUCGCGGGUCAGCAUGAGCGGACGGUAGCGGGCGCGCAGGCGCGGAUCGAUCGCGCGGCAUCGAACGGCGCGGCGCCCACUCGGCAAUCGGCCUCGUAGCUCGGCGCUUAGUCGCGCGCGGGCCGGCGUGCGAGCGCGCGCGUCUCUGCACGUGCAUGGCGCGCCUGUCUGGAUGCCUCGCGCCCUCGGGGAAUGGCUUCGUCCGAGGAAGAGGCGACAACCACGUCGAGCUCUGAAUAUGACUGCCUCAGUGUCCGAAAAUGGUGGUGCUUCCUGCUAUCGUCGAUCUUCACGUUCGCCGCUGGGCUCAUGGUGGUGCUGUUAUGGCGCGCUUGCGCGUUCGUCUGCUGCCGCAAGGAGCCCGAGCUGUCGCCGAACGACCCGAAGCAGAAGGAGCAGAAAGCGGCGCGCCAGGGCAAACAGGAGUUCGAGGGCACCUUCAUGACCGAGGCCAAGGAUUGGGCCGGCGAACUCAUCUCCGGCCAGACCACCACCGGACGAAUACUGGUAGUGUUGGUGUUCAUUCUGAGUAUAGCAUCGCUCAUCAUCUACUUCAUCGACGCGUCCAGUGAGGAGGUGGAGCGAUGCCAGAAAUGGAGUGACAAUAUUACCCAGCAGAUCGACCUUGCCUUUAACAUAUUUUUUAUGGUCUACUUUUUUAUACGAUUUAUAGCAGCUAGUGACAAACUAUGGUUCAUGCUCGAGAUGUAUUCAUUUGUAGAUUAUUUCACGAUACCCCCAUCCUUUGUAUCAAUAUACCUGGAUAGAACGUGGAUAGGGCUAAGGUUUCUCCGAGCUCUACGCUUAAUGACCGUGCCUGAUAUUUUGCAGUACCUCAAUAUAUUAAAGACAUCGAGCUCAAUUCGUUUGGCGCAACUAGUUUCUAUCUUUAUAUCAGUAUGGCUCACAGCAGCCGGCAUUAUUCAUUUAUUGGAAAACUCUGGCGAUCCAUUAGAGUUCGACAAUGCACAAUCAUUGUCUUACUGGACGUGCGUGUACUUUCUAAUAGUCACCAUGUCCACUGUAGGUUACGGUGAUGUGUUCUGCCACACUGUUCUUGGCAGAACAUUUUUGGUUUUUUUUCUCCUCGUCGGCUUGGCGAUAUUUGCCAGUUGUAUCCCAGAGAUAAUUGACUUAAUCGGCACUAGACCCAAGUAUGGCGGCACCCUCAAGAAUGAGCGGGGACGCAGGCAUAUUGUCGUAUGUGGACAUAUAACGUACGAAUCCGUGAGCCAUUUCUUAAAAGACUUCCUACAUGAAGACAGAGAAGACGUGGAUGUAGAGGUUGUUUUUUUACACAGGAAACCGCCCGACCUGGAGCUCGAAGGCCUGUUCAAGAGACACUUUACCACUGUGGAAUUCUUUCAAGGCACCAUUAUGAACCCAAUCGAUCUACAGAGAGUAAAAGUGCACGAAGCUGACGCAUGUUUAGUACUAGCCAACAAGUAUUGCCAAGAUCCCGACGCGGAAGACGCUGCGAACAUCAUGAGGGUCAUUUCCAUUAAAAACUACUCAGAUGACAUCAGGGUUAUAAUCCAGCUGAUGCAGUAUCACAAUAAGGCCUACCUCCUGAACAUUCCGUCUUGGGAUUGGAAGCAAGGCGAUGAUGUGAUUUGUUUGGCGGAACUAAAGUUAGGUUUCAUCGCGCAGAGCUGUCUCGCGCCUGGUUUCUCCACCAUGAUGGCAAACCUAUUCGCUAUGAGAAGUUUUAAAACGUCCCCCGACACGCAAGCUUGGCAGAACGAUUACCUGCAAGGUACGGGGUGCGAGAUGUACACGGAAACUCUGUCGACAUCCUUCACUGGAAUGAGCUUUCCACAAGCGAGCGAAUUAUGCUUUACGAAGUUGAAACUCCUGUUACUGGCAAUCGAAAUCAAAGGUGAAGAAGGUACAGAUAGCAAGAUCUCAAUAAACCCAAGAAACGUGAAGAUACAUGCUAAUACCCAAGGCUUUUUUAUCGCCCAAUCCGCGGACGAAGUUAAAAGAGCUUGGUUCUAUUGCAAAGCGUGUCACGAGGACAUCAAAGACGAAACUCUCAUCAAGAAAUGCAAAUGCAAAAAUUAUGUCGGAAUGAUGAUGAUGCAGACGGGGAUGGUGAAACAAAGUAAUACAUAUCGAAGUGUCGACGUGGCUACAUUCAGGAAAGGCGUACGAGCCGUCCAGAUGGUUGGCCGGGCAAAUGACCACCAUCCUCCCCCCACCUUCACGCCGCCAGAGUUGCCCAAGAAGGUCCAUGUUCGAGGUGAAAUCGCUAGGGAGAGGGGAGAAGAUAUUAGUCUCAUAAAUCGUAAUCAUCGGAGUGCGGCUCCAACGGCCCUGUUGUCUCCGAUGGCGAACCAGCUCAUGAACACAACGACAACGAGGCAAGUCAACAAAGUCAAACCAAACGUCAACAGAGUACCGCCGGAUACGAAUACGCAAGACCAAGAUACCAAUUACCAAGCCUAUCAUCUAGCCUACGAAGUGAAAAAACUCAUGCCAACUAGCAGAAGUAGUGGCGGCAAUCAAAACAGCAAUGGUGUAAGUCUGCCUGCCGGCCUAGCAGACGACCAGUCGAAAGAUUUCGACUUCGAAAAGACUGAAAUGAAAUAUGACUCCACAGGCAUGUUCCAUUGGAGUCCAGCGAGGAAUUUAGAAGAUUGUAUAUUAGACAGGAAUCAAGCGGCGAUGACAGUGCUAAAUGGUCACGUGGUAGUAUGCCUGUUCGCGGACCCAGACUCGCCUCUAAUAGGACUCAGGAACCUCGUGAUGCCACUGCGAGCAUCGAACUUCCAUUACCACGAGCUGAAGCACGUCGUUAUCGUGGGCAGCGUCGAAUAUAUCAGAAGAGAGUGGAAGAUGUUGCAGAAUCUACCCAAGAUUUCUGUUUUGAAUGGUUCACCGCUAAGCCGGGCUGACUUGCGCGCAGUCAAUGUGAACCUGUGCGAUAUGUGCUGCAUACUGUCAGCGAAGGUGCCAUCGAACGAUGACCCGACGCUGGCCGACAAGGAAGCUAUCUUGGCUUCGCUGAACAUCAAGGCGAUGACGUUCGACGACACGAUCGGCGUGCUGAGCGCGGGCGCGGCGGCCAACGGCGGCGGCGCGCAGCCCCCGCCCGGCGCCGCGCCCGCGCCCGUGCUGCUGCAGCGCCGCGGCUCCGUCUACGGCGCCAACGUGCCCAUGAUCACGGAAUUGGUGAACGACAGCAACGUACAGUUCCUCGAUCAAGACGAUGAUGACGACCCAGACACGGAGCUGUACCUAACGCAACCAUUUGCCUGCGGCACUGCAUUCGCUGUCAGCGUGCUGGACUCCCUAAUGUCCACUACUUAUUUUAAUCAGAAUGCCUUAACACUGAUUCGAUCACUGAUCACUGGUGGUGCCACGCCUGAAUUGGAGUUAAUCCUCGCAGAGGGAGCUGGUCUCCGCGGAGGGUACUCCACGCCCGAGAGCUUGGCUAACAGAGAUCGGUGUCGAGUCGGUCAGAUAUCGCUGUAUGACGGUCCGCUGGCGCAGUUCGGCGAGGCCGGCAAGUACGGCGACCUAUUCGUGGCGGCGCUCCGGACGUACGGCAUGCUGUGUAUCGGACUUUACCGCUUUAGGGACACGUCGUCCUCGUGCGACGCGAGCAGCAAGCGAUAUGUCAUCACUAACCCACCUGAUGACUUUUGCUUGCUGCCGACGGAUCAGGUGUUCGUGCUGAUGCAGUUCGACCCGGGCGUAGAGUACCGGUCGAGCCGGCGCGCGGCGGGCAAGGACGACGCGUCCUGACUAUUGCUGUGCAGCGCCCUCACCGACGGGCCCUACUCCUACAUCUAGGGGCCUGGCGACCCUCGCCCGAGGACAAUCCUACCCUCCCGCCCCGACCUCCUCGACCGCCCACCUCUCCCGGACGUCGUCGAUAUUAUCAGAUUUUAGUUAUCCAGCGAUACCUUAACUUUUUAUUUUUAUUUCGGCC